AUGGAAUUCACCUCUUUUUCUUGGGAAAUCAAUUCCAUUGAAGAUCCAAGCAUACCACAACACUUCUAUUUCCACGAUUGCUUCUCCAUCAUCUUCAGUUUCACCAAAGAAUUGAUCCAAAUUACUCAACCCACAAGUCCAACCUCUGACUCUGAGGUUGACUUUUCUUCUACAACUCUGGCCAACGAAGCGUUCUUGGUUCCUUCCGAUAUCCUGUGUAAUUGUACUCCCUUCACAGACCUCAAUGGAGAAAACACCGCAUUCUUACAUGACGUCUUCUCUUCAUUGCCUCUAUCCCGUCAGAUAUUGGAUCAAAUUUUACCUGCAAUGGGCGAAACCGCAAGAACGAUUCGAAGCCGUGAAGGGUGUGACUCCAGCAUGCCGGAGAUUGUUGUGAACCUUUAUAUUACUACGCACAUUGUUGUCGAAGAUUCUGAUUUCUAUAAUGAUGAUCUUCGUCAAAACGUUCCUGAACUGGCACAACUCGUGAAUCUGUUGGAGAGACCCAGAAUUGAUAAGCAAGAAGAUGAUGCUGAACAACAAUGCGCGAUUUGCUUGGAAGAGUUUGGCCAGAGUAUUGAAGAUUCAAGUGUAGAAGUUGUUCGCACAAAUUGCUCGCAUGUUUUCCAUGAAAGCUGCAUAUUCCGUUGGCUCCGGCGUUGUGCCGACCGGCAAUCGCCCUAUUCUUGCCCGUUAUGCCGCUGUAGCAUAUUUCCAACCUCACAGAUGGAUGAGGAAUAG